AUGGCAAAAGCGAGCAAGAAUCCGAUCGACGUGCGCGUGAAUGGCACGUCUACGUACGAGCGCCGCGCCUGGACACGCAAAGAAGACGACGCGAUCAUUCGGCUGGUCGAAGAGUACGGGAUCAAGCGCUGGAGCGUGAUCUCGGACCACCUCAAUGGCGAGAACCACGGGACAGAACGCACGGGCAAACAGUGCCGCACGCGGUGGCUGAACCACUUGGACCCGACGAUCAAGAAGGAUCCGUGGACAACCGAAGAAGAGCAGAUCAUUGAGGACGCCCAGACGCGACUUGGCAACAAGUGGGCAGAAAUCUCGAAACUCCUGCCUGGCAGGACGGACAAUGCAAUCAAGAACCACUGGUACUCGUCCAUGCGACGGACAAUGCGUCGCAUGGCGAAACAGCAGAGCAAAUCCCUCGGUCAAACCACACGAGGGGUGGAAAGUACAAAGACUGCCAAGUUUAGCGUCGACUCGACGCCAGAUCCUGCUGGUUCAGCCAUGAUGAGCUUUUCCCAAGAUACAGUGAAUGCGAGGCAAAACCUCUUUUGUCAACCUGACAGGAUGAUGUCGACGCAGAAUUCGGUGUACGGAGACUGCUACAACGUUGCGUUGAUCCAACAGGCAGAAGAUGGAAAAAGUGGCGGCCAGCGCAGUGCACAGAAGAGCAUGAAGAAACUCAACACAAAGCGGAAACGCAAAGAUUUGCGGAUCUGCACGGGAAGUGUGUCGAUGGUGGAAAACAAUGGCAUGUUCUUGCCGGAUACACCUCGUCGUGUAUUGCACACCCAGCUAUUGCUGCAGCUCUUGAACACGGGAGACGAGGAUUUUGGUGGCGCUAUCGUUACCGUUGCAAGCACGACAAAUAAGAGCAAAAAACGUCAUAUGCAAAGCAAGAGGAACGGCGGAGCUGGCGGUGCUGGUCGCGGCAUAAAUGGAAGCGAGCAGACCCUCACCGACAUGGAUGGCUCCUUCCAGGCUUUUGAGCACCUUGACGUCGACUUUAACGAGCAAGUAGCCGAGUUCUUCAACAUGUCUACACCUCGGGGAUUCCAGCCUUCGCACAAUUUGCGUCGCUCCCCACGCUUCAUGUCACCAAUGGGUUUUAUGAAGGCAGACGGCACGAAGUUUUCGUUUGACGAUCUUGACUUUCCUGCAGAGUUGGAGUCGAGUAUGCUUGAAUUCGAAAUCUCCAGCGAAAAUGGCGGAAUCCUUCGCCGUUCCCCUCGACUGCGAGCGGACGUGUGUGUAGCGUUCCCCCAUGCAAACGCGUCGACGUUUGGAAUUGGUCGGCAACCAUCGCCGCACAAGCGUUUGGUGCCGCCAGCGAUUGAUGUUGCGCUACAGCAGGAAGCUUUUGACUUCGACUAUUCUGUUACGACUACGCUGAAGAGCCCACAGCUCCGGCAAUAUCUCGAUCGAUCACCCAAGAACUUCGUUGCGUCCGUCUAG